UUGUGAAUUUGUUUGCGUUGUAUUUAGAUAACAGUACAGAAAUUGAUGCUAAUUUAAUGUAUGUUGUUGAAGAGCAAGUUACUUCUAUCUAUUCUAUUACAGCUUCAAUGUUGUUUUUCUUCUGUCAAUGUGAUUUUCUUGGGACCACAUUUUCAUUUUACCACCACAAACCGAUGCUGGCUCGAAGACCGCAAUUCACGAUGGAAGAUCACCCGAGUAUUUGUAAAUCGUCUGGGGUUGAGAGAAUGCCACUCACUUGAACAUAAUUUACAUCUCAAUCACUGAUGGCCAUGAUUUGUCUUUUUACAUGGAAACAGUUUGUCAUAAUGAAACCUAAGGUUGAUUAGCUUAUAUUUCAUUAUUCUUUCGAAGUUUGUAGCUAAACCAAAGUAAAGAUUCAAAGGAAAUAUUCUCCAAGGAAGGGCUAAAGUUGCAACCUAUCGGAUUUGAUUUCUGUCUAGAGCCAGGCUGUGUUGGAUCUAAUGCUUAACUGCCUGGCCACUUUCAUUUAUCAUGCAAUACUUCCACCCCCUUUUAAUGCAAUGCAUAGCUGCUUUUUUCCUUUCAAACUCCGACAUGGAUUAUUGAGGGAAAAAAACCCUGUCUAACCAUAGUCAGUGGAACUCUUACCACCAUUGUCAGUUCAUUUCAUUAUCAUCACAAUUUAUGAUAAAUGUACAUGCAGGCCUUGAUUUUCACUUUGAUUCCAUUCCACACGGAACACUUUGUUCAGGUAGGACUACAAUUAUCAGCGUUCUGUAGGGAAAAAGUCACAUUUUGUUCCACAUAAGAUCACUUGUCUGCUAUCUGAAUGCUAUAACUCAUCACGUCAUUUUACAUCUUGAGUAGCCUAAUGUGUGUUUAGUCAUAUUCAUUAGUAAGUAACUGGCACCUAAUUAUGUUUAAUUCUCCUGAUUUAUUCUGUCACAUGCUAAUUCCAUGUCUUUGUUCACUUUGUUUGUAUAUGACCUCUUCCCAACUGACAAACCAAAUGUAUUUUUUUUACCUUCAAACUGGCCAUUCUAUGGUAACCUAUGUGCCUUAACGCUUAAAUUGAUUUUUGCUAUGUAAAACUAGAAUAAAAUCUCAAACAUAUUUUUCUAUGAAAGAGUGGUGUACACUCUUCGCAAACACCACAGAAAGAGUGCAAUUUACUAUUCAACGGUAUAUUUGGCCUUCCAUAAAGACAAGUCUUUGGCACUGCACUUUGAGAGGGGGGGUAUUCAGCAAAAAUCUGAGCAGAUUCUCAGUCUUCAGAAAGGUGUCGGUGAAUUUUCCACCUCUUUAGCAGGCUCCAAGUACAGUAAAUAUACCAGCAGAUGGCGCCACAACCCCAUUCUAGAUGACAAGUUGACAACUAGACACCACCCGUCGACGAUAAAGCUGCUGCUACAUUCGGAACCAGGCUAGCAGUAAUUAUAUAUUUCUUUACUUACUGAGUGUUGGAAACUAACUCACUAAUUUCGUUUUGGGUUGUGCAGCACCAGUUGCUGACACUGCAAGGUGGGGGAGUAAGCUAUUGAGAUUAGAUGCUCGAGAGACAUUUUUUUGUUGUUGAUGAGCCGAGCAACAUGGACACAAAGAACAAAAAGAUGAAGUGACUCACCCAAAGGAGCAUGCUGGCCACAAAGAGACAGAAGAUUAGAUGUCACCGACAUGAACGUGCAAGCCGCGCAGAAAUAAGCUGAGGGAUGACAUCACUGGCUGUCGGCGUGGUCCUUUGUCUAACAGGCUGGUUCACUCUCUACACACUACUGUGUAACACCAAUGGCAGCCACGGUUCUGAGUGGAAUUGUAGGCUGGUCACACUGCUCCAUGGAAUCCUGGCCGUCUGUAUAACAGCAUACAUAGGCUAUGUGGAUGGACCUUGGCCCUUCACACAUCCAGGCACAAAGAACACUCCCCUUCAGAUCAGUGCUAUGGUCAUUAGCCUGGGCUACUUCUUCUUCGAUAUGGGCUGGUGUAUUUACUUCCGCACCGAAGGCCCGGUGAUGCUGGCUCACCACACCAUGAGCAUCCUGGGUAUUUUGUUGACCCUGAGCUUGGGAGAAUCAGGCAUCGAGUCCUGCGCCGUGCUCUUUGGCAGUGAGAUCACCAACCCCCUGCUGCAAACUCGCUGGUUCCUGAGACAGUUGGGUCGCUAUGAGAGCGUGACAGGGGAGGUGGUGGAUGUUCUGUUUGUGGUGCUAUUUGUGUUCAUGCGCAUAGUGGUUGGCGGGAGGAUGUUGUACUGCGAGCUCAUCUCCCCACGGCCCAGGUUAAUUAUAAAGUGUGGGGGAGUUGCCAUGUAUGUGCUGUCCUGGGUGUUCAUGGUGGACAUUGGUCGUUUCGCCUACCGCAAGAGUCAAUCCAAAUACAGACGCUGGAGAGACCAACACAAAUUGGCAGCAGUUAACGGAAAGGCCGACUGAAAGACUUCCUUAUCAUUAGAAGAUGAAUAAAAACAUCUAAUGUUUAUACUAAUAGAACUUCUUUAACAAAUGAUUAACUACCAAUGAUUGUGUAUGAUUAUUGGGGAGUAGUCUUUGGUAUUCAGCUUACACUUGUACAUUAUUGUGCUCAGUUUAGGAAAACCAAGAUGCUCAGUUUAGACAUACACUGUUCAUCACUCACUUUGGGUUAAUAAACUGGGUGGUUCGAGCCCUGAAUGC